AUGGUAUAUGAUACCAUGUCCAGCAGCGAGAUUUUCAGUGCCAUCGACCUGACAGACGGGUUUUACCAGAUUUUAAUGAGGGAGAGUGAUAUCCCGUUCACCGCUGUCAGCACACCGAGUGGGAUGCUGUGGGAGUGGCUAGUCAUGUCACAAGGGCUUAAGAACGCUCCAGCGACGUUCAACCGGAUAGUGACACAAGUGCUUCGGCCACUACGUGGUUUUGCUCCAAGCUACUUCGACUGCAUUUUUGUACACAGCCGAGCUGAGCAACAUCUUAGCGCCACGGAGGCUCACAUUCGGCACUUUAAAAAGGUGUUUCAAGUGAUGCGUGAGAACAAGUUGUAUGCCAAUUCGAAGAAGUGUGUCUUCUGUGCUCCCGAGAUUCCAGUACUUGGCUGUUAUGGCAGCAACGAAGGUGUCCGUGCUGAUCCCGAGAAAGUGUCAUCGAUAUACUCAUGGCCUACUCCCAGGAACCAAUCUGAAUUACGACAAUGGCUCGGCCUGGCUAAUUACUUACAUAAGUAUACGAAGAAUUAUGCCGAGCUAAUCCAAACAUAG